AUCGCGUAAAAUCCAUUCGGCAACGUCGCAAAUAUAUUGUGAAACGUCAACUGUAUUCCUAAAGUGAAAUAAAUGUAAAUAUCAAAAUGUUUCACUGUCAGGAUCAAUUAAUUGGGAGUUAAAGGAAAAUUUUUUAAGCACAACGUUCGCAGCAAACGCAAAAAUCAAUUUUGGCUAUGAAUAUUGCCAAAAAAUUGAGAAAGGAAACCCCAAACGUGGAAAAUAACCUGUGUAGUGGUCGACGCAUCGCGGAAUUACAGGAGUUGGGAAAACAUUUAAAAUGUUGCAGGUGUGAAAGAGUCCUUUCUCUUGAAAAUAUUACAAAUAAAACUCGAAAGGGCCUUUAUUCAAUUUUAAAUGUUUAAUGAAUAUAAUAUGGAAACUAUAGUACCUACGGACAAAGUUUAUGCAACAAAAAGUGAAGUUAAGCGUUCAGAUGUCAACACUAAAGCAGUUCUAGAGGCAACAGAACAACCGUCAUGCAGUUCUGUUUCUAUUUCAAAUUCAAGCCUAAUCUCGAAACCAUCUCAAGGAAAAAGCAACUCCAAAGCACUUUUAGAACCAGAUCAACCGUCAUGCAGUUCUGUUUCUAUUUCAAAUUCAAGCCUAAUCUUGAAACCAUCUCAAAGGCAAAGUAACUCCAAAACAAUUUUAGAACCAGAUCAACCGUCAUGCAGUUAUGUCUCUAUAUCAGAAAUAAGUCCAAUAACAAAACCCUGUCAAGAGAAAAGAAAAAUCAAAGCAAAAUCCAGAACCACAGAAGGAUCCAAAAUAAUCACCAGCUCACCUUACAAAGAUCAACUCGAAGAGAAAUUGAAAGAUAAAUUGAAAACAGUAAAAGCUAAAUCAGUCAAAAAGAAUUUUAACAAAGCAGGGCCAACGGCAGAAGCAUCAGCAGCAAUGUCAGAGAAGGAGAAAGCCACAUUAUGCGUUUACUGUCAUGAGACAUAUGGAGACACUUGUCACGACGAAUGGAUUAUGUGCAUAAAAUGUGGUGCCUGGAUGCAUGAGGAGUGUUCAGAUAACGAAGCGGGUGCUGAUAACUAUGUUUGUGACAACUGCCGAUGA